CAAAGUUACCAAUAUGGCAGCUCCCACUUAUGUUAGCAGUUAACGUCCCUUCAAAGUGUUUUUAACUCACUAACCAUUUGAGUUUGUAUUGCACGCCAGAUAACUUAAAAGAAUUGAGCAUGUGACAACUAUAUUAUAGUCAAAAGAGCAGGCAUCACGAUUUAACCAUAAUACACAAUUAGCCUCUAUUUAUGCCUGUUCUACUGCAACACGUACAGUGCAACCAAACACCUGACAACUGUGAGCAAUGAAACAUGAUUACACAAAACAGUUACUUUAUAGCAACAACUGUACUCGUCUACUUCCUACUGCAGACCUUUCCCACUACUGAUUGGCUUUCAAAAUCAUCUGACUCCCAGUAGCCAACCCAGUUUUACAAGACAGAACAAGCCAGUGUUUUCGGAAUAGGAGUGCUGUCUGUGCCGAGCUGCUGCUAGCGCCAAUAUAUCCGGUACCAUCAAACCUGCGGAACUUGCAAAUCCACUGACAAAUGUAACAAAAGGGUAAUCUUAUACUGAUAACGGAACAGCAAUGUCCGACCUUUGGAAACAUAUGCCUCUAGAAAUCCUUGCAACAAUCUUUUAUCACCUGUCUUUGAAUGACAGAUUUGUUGUAUCACAAGUAUGCCAGUACUGGGCAGUUGCAGUGGCAUCAAGUCGUGUUUGGCACUACACAAAGAUCAGGUUGGUGUCUGACAAAGACUUGCUGAUACUGGAAGGACUACUCCAAUAUUUAGAUCAAAUAAAACAUCUGAAAGUUGUGUUUGACCAGUCUAAGGAGACAAACCGCAUGACAGUUAUACAGAUUUUUGACUGUUUAAGUAAGGGGAGCUGCAGACUAGAGAAAUUAAAUAUUGUUUGCUGUGGAGAAAACCCAUUCUUUUAUUCAGGGAAGGAGAUCUUGAGGAGUAUUACAAACUUGUGUGGAAAAGAGAGUCGGGUAGACCUGCAUCAUGUUGAUCUGCGGAAUGUUCCAUUUACUCUCACUGAUGAUUUUGUUAGGCUCAUUGCUGCUGGCAGCCCCAACUUGCAGAGCUUAUAUAUUAACAAUGGCACACUGGUUUGCAAAAUCUCUACUAGUGCCAUUAAAGAGGUGUUGGAGGUUUGUCCUAAAUUAUGUGCUCUUGGUGCCUUCUAUUGUUCUUUGAAUGAAGACAUUUUUAGGGAAAUAAUGAAGCCUCACAGGUCCCCAUUUCAUUGCUUAGAUCUCUUCUGUGAACGUAUGGACAAGCAUGUCUCUGCAAUCUCUGAUGAGGUUUGGAAAGACCUUCGCUGCCGACAUCCAUCUCUUCAUGUGAAUAUGCUGUUUGAUCACACUAUCCCUGCCAGUAUAAUUCCACUUAUUUUGAGACCAAGCAUUCCUAUAUCCACAUUGCAGCUCAAUACAUUUAAUGAAAUGAUGAAUGAAAUUAGCUUUGUAAGCAGCCAUUAUUCACAGACUUUGCAGAAGUUUGUGAUACAGACCACGUCAUCUAGUGAACUCGACUCUGCUCUAAUUGACCUGGCUGGGAAGUGUAGAAGACUUGAGGAGGUUCACUGCUACUGCGUGGUAAAACAGGAAGUUAUCCAAGCUUUUCUAACUUGUUGUCCUCAUUUGAAAAAAUAUACCCUAAAAGUCAUCAAAGAGAAGCAUCCUUGGAGGCCAACUUUCCGUGAAUCUAUUUGGCUCUGCAGUGUAUAAAGGUUCACAGUUGCUAAAUUUACAGGAAUUAUUAAAUAAGAAAUUAUAUUUA